CCUGUCUCAUCCGUCCUAGAAUAAUAAAAAUAUAAAGCGGGCAGGGCGCGGGAGCCCGCGGCAUCCCCGGCACGGGGGAGUGCGUGUGUGUGCGCGGGGGGCGCCCCGCCGCCCCGCCGCCCCCCGCCGCACCGCAGCGUGCGGGCGGCGAGCGCGAUGCGCCCCGCGCUCGGCUCUGCGGAAUAGCGCGGCCGCCGCUCGCCCUCCGCGGGCUGGGGGCGCACGGACCCGACCGCUGGCCAUUCCCUCUUGAUGUCCAUGAAUGCAAACACCAUGAUUUUCAUGAUCCUGGGCGCCUCUAUCGUUAUGAGUUGACCCGAUGCCUUGGUUGUGGGCUCUUACAGGCAAUAGCUUGCUUGAUGGACAUGAAUGCGUUGUUGGACAGAUUUCACAAUUACAUCCUACCGCAUCUCAGAGGGGAGGACCGAGUUUGUCACUGCAACUGUGGAAGGCACCACGUGCAUUAUGUCAUCCCCUACGACGGGGACCAGUCGGUGGUGGACUCCUCGGAGAAUUACUUUGUGACUGACAACGUCACCAAGCAGGAGAUCGACCUGAUGCUGGGGCUGCUGCUGGGCUUCUGCAUCAGCUGGUUCCUGGUGUGGAUGGACGGGGUGCUGCACUACGCCGUGCGCGCCUGGCGGACCAGCCGGCGCUAUGACAACUCCUGGUCCUGGAUUCCCAAAUUCUGCAACCUGAAGGAGCUGCGGAAGCGCCACCACCGGCAGUACGAGGAGGCCACCGGGAACAUGGUGCACAUCAAACAGAAGCUCUACCACAACGGGCACCCCAGCCCGCGGCACCUCUGAGGGAGCGGGACCGCGGCCGGCCUCUGCGCACCCAAGGGACUCCUCAUCCUCCUGGGGAACAGCCUCCGCGUCGCUCCCGGGCCAGCUUGAGCGCGCGGAUUUUCGGGAUCCAUCCCAGGUGGACACGCCACGAUGCACAACUCGAGCCACUCCUGGAUGCUCUGCAGCCAAGGCUUUGCACUGUGUUCCACAUUUUAUUGUCAGACUCGUGUAAAUAUGUAAAAAAAAACCAAAAAAAAAGAGAGAGAGAGAAAAGAGAUUUGCAUUAUACUUUCAACCCCCCCACUCCUCCAUUUUCCUGGCUGCUGGGAAUGUUGGAUGGAGGUGGGACAGCGGCGAGAAGAUGCAGAGUGUCUCCUCCAGGAGCUCCGGCCCCCCAGAGUUUCUCUGCUCGUGGCCUGGCGGGUCUCAGGUUUGGAUGGGGGCAGGCACGGUGUCCCCUGCUCGGGAUUUUGCUCUGGGAGCUGCCGGGGGGGAGGAAGGGCUGGAAUUGCUCCGGGGUUUGGUGUUUGCUGCCCACUGAAACUGCCUUAAGCAACCCCAGCUCCGAGCCAGGGCGGUGGGGCUGGUGCUGCUGCUUUGGUGGCACCGCUGGUGGCACCGCUGGUGGUGGCAGGGCUGCUGGCCUUCACUAGAGGAGGGUGGGAUGUGUCAGAUCGGAUUAAAACACCCCAAAACCCCAGAGUGGAGCACAAAAGGAACCCUGAGAAGGUUGAGCCUGGUUAAAACACCCCCAAAACCCCAAAAAAUCCCAGAGAGCAGCACAGAGGAGAUCCCCAGCAGGGUGAGCCUGGUUAAAACAUCCCAAAAACCCCAAAAACCCCAAAGUGCAGCACAGAGGAGAUCCUCAGCAGGGUGAGCCUGGUUAAAACAUCCCAAAACCCCAAAAACACAGAGAGCAGCACAGAGGGAGCUAUGAGAAGGUUGAGCCUGGUUAAAACAUCCCAAAACCCCCAAAACCCCAAAGUGCAGCACAGAGGGAGCUAUGAGAAGGGUGAGCCUGGUUAAAACCCCCCAAAACCCCAAAAACCCCAGAGUGGAGCACAGAGGGGGCCCAGAGCAGAGUGAGCCUGGUUAAAACACCCCAAAACCCCAGAGCAGCACAGAGGAGAUCCUCAGCAGGGUGAGCCUGGUUAAAACACCCCAAAACCCCAGAAACCCAGAGAACAGCACAGAGGGAGCUAUGAGAAGGUUGAGCCUGGUCAAAACACCCCAAAACCCCAAAAACACAGAGAGCAGCACAGAGGGAGCCCAGAGCAGGGUGAGCCUGGUUAAAGCACCCCAAAACCCCAAAAACACAGAGAGCAGCACAGAGGGGGCCCAGAGCAGGGUGAGCCUGGUGAAAACCCCCCAAAACCCCAAAGUGCAGCACCGAGGUGGGGCCCUGAGCAGCCUCACUCCUGCUGCACAUCCAGCACCCCUUUUUUGUGGGGCUGGGCUUGUGGCACACGGAGACACCAACCCCAAAUUCCCCUCCAGACGUCCCAAAUGUCCCCAAGGCCGAGUCACACCGUGAGGAUGCUCCCAAUAGUUUUGCAUGCGCUGCUUUGGGUUUUGAGGGCUGGAUGGGAUCAAGGCUCUGAAAGCAGAGUCCCCAAAAAACCCCAAAACCUCCUUUAGGGCCAGCAGAGGGGCCUGGAGGAGCUGUAGGGCCAGGGGGUGUCUGGUGUCCUGCUCCUGGCUGGGCAGGGGACAGGAUUUGCUGGCAGGGAUAAAGGAGGGAAAUCUCACCCCCAGGAGUCUGAGAGCCCUGAGCCCUCAGCACUUCCCCUCCUGCCACAUUUUGUGUCCAGUGGGUUGCUGCAAAAAUGGGGAAAACACCCAGAACUGAAGGAUGCUGAGCAUUGCCAGAAAAAUCUCUUUUUUUUUUUUUUUCUUUUUUUUAUUAUUUUUUUUUCCAUUAAUUCCUUGGCACUCUCAGUGGAAAGGACACCACAACUCCUGCUCUCCCCUCCCUGCUCCAGUUUCUGUGUCUUGGGGUUGUUUUGUUCAUUUUCUAUGCCCACUUCAGUUAAUUACAAGCCCCCAAAACUGCCCAAAUAUUCCCAUUUUUCUGCCAUUCCCACUUUUGUUAUUCCCUAGUGCCUCUUGUGUUGGAGCCCCAGGUUCUUUCUGGACCUGAAUCAUUGCCUGGUCCAUAUUUGUGUCUGUUUGUCUGUAAUUCCUGGCUGGGAUGUCCAAAAUUCCUCAGGAUCUAAGGAAUGACUUUUCCUUGAGCAGCCUCCUGGCAGGGAAGAGCAGGGACUGUGUUAUCAACAAGUGGGGACAGCAUUUUGUAGGGGAGAAAAUUCCAUUGGGAUAAAAAAACCAAAUAUUGAGUCCCUGGAACUGGUUAUGUAAAAAAAAAAGGGGGAGAAAAAGCACUUUAAAAGGAAUUUUCCUACUGAUCUAAACUCAGACUGAAUGUAAAGCCUGGCUCUGCUCUAGCAGCUGAGCUUGGCUGAAAUAUUAAAAAUGAAACAGCUGGAAAGGGUGGGGUGAUGGCUCACACCUGUUAAGUUUGAUCUGGCUGAUCCAUGGCAAAAUUCCAUAAAAAUUUGAGGCUCUG